AGCGCCUUCGAAGCCGAUACACCACGAACAACACAGGAUGAGACGCUCAAUCAGAUUGUCACAACUCUCAAAUAGAGUCCGUGCAGCUCUAGGAAGUCAGGGUCGCACUGUGCGACUGUACCAUGCGACUCCUGCUCUUCUGUCUGACGAAAUCGUUUUCGAGGGACGCAAGCUGGGACCUAGAAACCCUCUGGAAGAUCCAGACCUAGCAUUUCCAGAACUACCCACCGAACCCGUCGCCGAACCUGACUUCAUCCCUCCCCCCCCAACCCCCGUCCAAAAAGUCCCCAAAAACCACUGUCCUGGCUGCGGAGUCAAAUACUCCCCCGAAAACCCCCGCAAAAUGUCGAAUAUCAUUCCAGAUGAGAUCAAACUGGCCAUCAACCCCAAAAGGCAACUCGAACAGGAUAUCUUCGACGCGGCCUUGGCGGAUUACGAGACCACUGAGAUGUCUAAAAAGUGGCCUUUGAUCAAGAAGCGGGUUCCGCCGGGGUGGGAAGAGGUUUUUGGGACGAGAAUACCGAAGGAGGGGAAAGCGACGGGGCCGAAAGAGGUCAUCUGUCUACGAUGUCAUAACCUGAAACAUCACUCUUCGGCACCCGCAGGCCCACCGACUGAGGUUACCAAGAAUAAGAGGUGGGCUGAGCCGGUAGCCGAGCUGAACACCCCGGAGUUCACGGAGUGGCACGAUGUCAUUCGCACGAUUCGAAAUACCCACCCUUCACCUAUUGUCCUACACAUCAUGGACGUCGCUGAUUUCCCGUUAUCCCUACUCAAAGACCUACCAAAGUACGUACCAAACGCAAAGAUGGUCUACGUGAUCACCAGAGCAGACCUUAUCGCCAAGAACGACGAAGAAUGCGCCCUACUCCGACUCGAACUUCAAAACCGCAUCAAGAAAAUCACAGGCCAACAAACAGCAGAUGUUCGAAUCAUAUCUUCACAUAAGGGCUGGGGUGUUGACCUCCUUGCCGACAGUAUCACAAAACGUGCUGGAACAGCAACAAAAGAGGUGUUUUGCGUCGGUGUCGCCAACGUCGGGAAAUCCAGUUUACUCAACUCCCUCGCUCGACGCCGAGUUAUCUCCGUUCCGGUUAAGGACCCGGUAACGGAAUCGCAUCUCCCUGGAACGACGCUGGGAACCGUAAGACUUCCCAUUCAACCCUAUGGAAUGAAACACCAAGCCGUUAUCAAUGAUACCCCAGGUUUCGCAUGGCCUGGGGGUGGGUUGAUGCAGCACGUCGACCCUGAUGUGCUACGAGACAUUAUGCCCAAGAAAGCCAUCGCGACAACUGAACCAGAAUGGCUCAGACCCGGCCAGAGUCUCCUCCUGGGUGGACUCAUCCGUAUCGACUACCCCGAGGGCGAGGGUACGGAUCGAGUCCGUGUGGGUAUCUUUACGAAUUUACCAUGGCACAUCGGUAGAUCAGAGAAGGUGGAUAAGAUCAUGGAAUACGCCAGAAGACCCGAGGAGGAAGGUGAAGAACGUCGCGAAAUCACCCCCAUCAUCUACGACGAACCUCUACAACCUCUUGGCAGACCUAUCGAUUUGACAGAUCUCUACAGUCCGAACGCCUACGCGCUUGAUCUCGUCCUUGCCGGACUAGGCUGGCUCUCGUUCGAAGGAACGAAAGGAAAGGGCAACAAGUGUAUUUUGAGAGUCAGCGUACCGGAGGUCAAGGAUGGUAAGGGAUUGGGUGUGGGGAUCAGGAAGAGUUUGUUGGGUGGAUCUAAGGAGGGGAUGUUGAAGAUGUAUAGGGAUGGAAUUUAG